GAUUUUAAGUUUCAGUUCGCGGCAGCUGCCUUUACAUAUCAGUGGCAGUUUUUGUUGCCACCGGAAGUGCCUCUCCGAGCCGCUGCUGCCACGAUUUACGCUUGCCCUUACUGCAAUUUGUGGUAGCCCCCAAUGUCGGUUCGCUGAUCACACCCCCACUCCUGUUCCUAAACCCUCUGAAAGCACUAGCUGAAGGACGACUAUGCAAACAUCAUCUUUUGCUGUGGAGUGCUUUGAUGAUUACUGUUAUUUCGUGGAAAUGCGAACCUCCCUAACGUUGUAAAAAGGAGUUAGAGAGGUGAACGCAUAAAAAACAAACAGACGAAGACCGUUUGGAUCCGACUGUUAUCACCGCUGGAAAUCUACAAAGAUGCCUGAGGUUCGGGAUCUUUCUGAUGCUUUGCCAGAGAUGCCAAUGGAUCCAAUUACAGGGGUUGGCGUAGUGGCCUCCAGGAACAGGGCACCCAGUGGAUAUGAUGUGGUCUCAACAACAACAGAUGGCCUGGAUGCUGACCUAUGGAAAGAUGGCCUAUUUAAAUCCAAGGUGACCCGCUACCUCUGUUUUACCAGGGUCUUCUCUAAAGAAAAUAGCCAUUUAGGCAACGUUCUUGUGGACAUGAAGCUUAUAGAUAUAAAGGACACUCUGCCUGUGGGUUUCAUCCCGAUCCAGGAGACAGUUGACACCCAGGAACAGGCUUUCAGGAAGAGGCGUCUCUGCAUCAAGUUUAUUCCGCGGGACUCCACAGAGGCAGCCAUUUGUGACAUCCGAAUUCUGGGACGCUCCAAACAGGCCCCCCCUCAGUAUACCUUUAUAGGAGAGCUCAACAACAUGGGAAUCUGGUAUCGCAUGGGGAACGUACCUCGGACCCAGGAUUCAACGCAUGUACCAACCACCAACAAUAUCCAGAAUGUGAAUUCCUCCUCCAGCUCAGCCCCAGUCCCAGCAGCUCCUAUGCCCAAGCAUAUUUCCAUGACCCUACCGGCUAGCUUCAGAGGGAAGAACACGACCAGACCAGAUUAUGAGCACCAGAACUCUAGCCUGUAUGCUAUCUCAGCAAUGGAUGGAGUGCCUUUCAUGAUAUCUGAGAAGUUUGCCUGUGCCUCGUCUGAUCUGCAGCAGGUGGAUCUGAUGAACUUCACGAUUAAGUCCCUGACUGAGAUCGAGAAAGAGAUGCUCCACUGGUUUGUGUUGAAGAAUGUGGUUCCACAAUGUGUCCACCAGAGUAUGAUUACAGUUUCCGCACAGAGCACAGUGCAGCAGCUCGCCUCCCUCCCAGUCCAACAAGGACCUCUCUGAGCUCUGAGGCCUAACAACCGAUUACCACUCUCGCCUCCCGAUGACAGCAAGUGAGACCUGUACACAACUACUGAACUACCUACAGGAAACAGUUACAUCCAAACUGUCCAAAACAACUGUACUAAAAAGACAGGGGAAAAAAAAGAUAAUUUCUGGGACGUGUUUUUUCUGUAUUAGUUGUGCUUUGAAAUGAAGGAAACUGAAACACAAAGAUACGAGGAGAGCAUUGAGGGGCUCUGGAGGUGUGCCUGAGACAUCUAUAUACAACAUUGAUGAGAUGGAUUUUAAAAUGGUCCAUUGGACGUUUUUGCAGAAGGAUAUUGAAAUUGAGAAUCUUAAAUGAUUUUAAAAUACAUUUUUCUAAAAAGAAUGAUGAAUUGCUGGUCCCAUGUAAUACAAAAUACCACAGCCCUCUUGAAGAUCCAAGGAUACUUUGCCGUGCUGGAUGGCACCUGUCUGGCCUUUACUGUCCAAAAUGGACUGAUUCUCAAAUCAGAUAGCAUGUUAGCCUUCCUUAGUCGAGGGUAACCUGCUGCAUUCAGGAGGGUGACGCAUCCCAGCUCAUCUAUUGGAAAUAUAAAAGGAAUCUUUGUGGGAUUUUUUUCAUGCUUGUACUGAUCUUCUUUGUAGGUAAUGGAUCUUGUUCUUUAGAUGUUUCUGUGAUAUACUUGUGUAGCUGUGAGUGCACUUUGUGUUUGGAAAUUUCAGUGUGCUCCCUGUUUCCACAGAUACUAUGUAAACCACUCCUUUUCAGUCUCUACAUUAGCCGGCAACGUUGGCUGGAUUUAGAACCACUGUUAGUGUUUAAAAGUAAGAAACCAGGACACAGGUUACACUGCACUGUUAGUAGGAUUCUGUGAACCAUGUUUAAUGUAUUGUCUACUGUUGUUGCUGAAAAUGUUUCCAUAUCAGUGAUAAUUCAAUACCUAAGAUUUUUGCAGUUGACAAAACAAUACUUUUUACCCAAUACAUUACUUUGAAUUCAUUUGAUUGUUUUAACAUUUGAACAUUUAAAAAAAAAAAAAAAAAGUAUUUUAUGGAACACUCUGUUUUAACUUUAACACCCUCCUUAAAAUGUUCACACAAUGUCCUUCACACAGUCAUCUAUGUCCAAUUUGUAUACCAGCAGAAGAACUGUGACCUAGCUACAUAGAUCUCUCAAUCUCUCUUUUCAAACUUGUAAUAAGAGUACUAGAUGUAACUAUGUAGGGAACUUUGAAUUCUGGUUUAAUCAGUCUAAUUGAUGUUUCAAUAGAGGACAACCCUUCACAGCUGUGAAUACUUAUUUUUUUUAAUUGCCAUCCUUUUCUUUACCGAACAACAUGAUCACAUUUUGUUCUUGACAGUUACUGAUGGACUGUGCCUUUGACACAAUUCAGUCAGCAACAAAGUAGCACGAAAGUUCUGUUAACCAUAUAUAUACAUUCCUCCCCAUUUUUUGUUACUUUUCUAAGAACAGUGUUAAAAAGACAACACCUCAUACGUGAUCAAGCAAAAGUGCUGUUCUUAUUCGAUUGAAGCGGUUAGAUAAGAAAAAUGUGGCAGAUCUUUGUUUCAGUUUGGUCGAAACCUUUGUAAACUUCCUUGUGAUCUGAAUGAGCAAGAAUCAUUUUAGAAAUAUAAUUUUUUUAACCCAUUUGACAUGUGAAGACCACUACCCACUCAGGACCACCACAACUUAUUUCAAAUGAGACUGACGGGACAAGUGCUAGCUCUGAACCAGACUUCAUUCUCACUUGUUCACAGUCAGUGUUAUCCCACAACACGCACUGUAUAAUAGUAUUGGUGGAUCAUAAGCUUCAUUUAUAUGUCUCUUCAACCUGCAGCUUUUUUAUAUGUUUAUCAUUUAAGUUGAAGGAGUCUAUUUUCACAUCUGUCCUCUCUGCUUCUCCUGGUGCUUCUGGUAACUGAGAAUAUAGACUUUUUCUAUUAAGAAGUUGCACAAGACAUUGUUUCUCGAAUUUAACCCCAGUUUUUUUUAAAUAGUUUUUAAGCUAUAGUCAGUGAAUCUAAACAAAACAUUAACACUCCAGAGGUUUCAAUGUAAGACCUCUCAGUUGCUGAAUCAUCUCCAUUAUUUGGCAGGCUUUUAAUUUGUUCGAAAAAACAUCUGUGAUGAGCUAAAGCUGACUGUUACAUAUCAGCAUAAAAGUCCAUCUUGACCUUAAGUACUAUUGUUAAAAAACUAUCUCAGAAUCUAGUCAUGUAUUUAUUGAGGUAUUAAUCUUAAUUUCACUUCAUGUGUGUGUUUUAGUGGCCCUUUUUCUUUAUGGUAAUACAGUAUUGUACAAAGCAGCACCAAUGACUGGUGUUUUAUUUUUUUAUUUUCUUUGUUCACUCCAUUUGUUACAUAAGACAGAUGUUUACAAGAAAGUACAAUUUUCCUUUUUUUGCCACAAGUGUCUGCAAUAUUAUCCAUUCAUAAAAACAUGGAUUCCGUCCUUUAUAUUUCUGUUUGAUUAAUGUAUUAGUCAUUUCAGUGUUCUGACAAUGUUUUCAGAAUUGUAACCAAUGCAAUAGGCAGUUCUGACAUGUUUGGAGGAAAGAAAAACACAGCUCAUACCUACGUAACAUUCUCUGUAUAUGAGCUGGCUCUGUGAUAAGCUACACAUGUAAUUUGUCAGCCGUGGUCUUAACUUCCAAUCAGUUCUGCAGAAACAUUUAAUAUCAAACUAAUAUGAUGUCUGCAAUUCUCUUUUGAUUAUGUCUGUUAGUCUGCAUGCAUGAAGUUUAAGUGACAGUUAUUUUUGAAAAGUUUUAAGUUAGAUUUUUGCCUCAAAUAGAUUUUAUUCACUAUGGAAUGAACAAAACCGCAUCAGAUGCCUUUGUAUUAUAAGGAAGUUUUAUUAAACUGUGACAAACAUGUUGAAUUUAA